UGUGGCGCCGGAGGGAGCCCGGCUCGCCUCGGGUCGUCGCACCGGCCGCUGCCCUCGGCGCGCCGGGGAGGAUGGUGCCGAGCGGCCCCGGGCCCGCCGCGCGCCGCCGCCAGUGAAGCCAGCGCGGUCGCAGGCGCCUGCAGAGCAGCUGGCCCGCCGGGGCCCGGGGCGCGCCGCUGCCCGCCGGGGCGGGGUGGAGCUGAUCAGAAUAAUGUUCAACAUCCACCCCCUGGAGAACCUGAAGCUGUACAUCAGCAGCCGGCCGCCGCUGGUGGUCUUUAUGAUCAGCGUCAGCGCCAUGGCAAUAGCUUUCCUCACCUUGGGCUAUUUCUUCAAAAUCAAGGAGAUUAAAUCACCAGAAAUGGCAGAGGAUUGGAAUACCUUUCUGCUGCGGUUCAAUGAUUUGGAUUUCUGUGUGUCGGAGAAUGAAACACUGAAGCAUCCCACUAACGACACCACAACUCCAGAAAGCACAAUGACCAGUGGGCAGGCCAGGGUGUCCACCCAGUCCCCUCAGGCUCUGGAGGAUUCAGGCCCAAUAAACAUCUCCGUUGCAAUCACUCUCACCCUGGACCCACUGAAACCUUUUGGAGGGUACUCUCGCAACGUCACCCAUCUGUACUCGACCAUUUUGGGGCAUCAGAUUGGACUUUCAGGUAGAGAAGCACAUGAGGAGAUCAACAUUACAUUUACCCUGCCGGCAGCUUGGAGCGCAGAUGACUGCGCUCUCCAUGGUCACUGUGAGCAAGUGGUGUUCACGGCCUGCAUGACACUCACGGCCACCCCUGGAGUGUUCCCUGUUACCGUACAGCCACCGCACUGUAUUCCUGACACAUACAGCAACGCCACGCUCUGGUACAAGAUCUUCACGACCGCCAGAGAUGCCAACACAAAAUACGCUCAAGACUACAAUCCUUUCUGGUGUUACAAGGGAGCCAUCGGAAAAGUCUAUCAUGCUUUAAAUCCCAAGCUUACAGUUAUGGUUCCAGACGAUGAUCGUUCGUUAAUAAAUUUGCAUCUCAUGCACACCAGUUACUUCCUCUUCGUGAUGGUGAUCACAAUGUUUUGCUAUGCUGUUAUCAAAGGCAGACCAAGCAAAUUGCGUCAGAGCAAUCCUGAAUUUUGUCCUGAGAAGGUGGCUUUGGCUGAAGCCUAAUCCCACAGCUUCCUGUUUCCUGAAAGAGACUGAAAGAACCAUCAUCAUUGCCUGCUGAACCCAGCCUGGGCCUGGCCACUCUGUGAAUACAUGAUCUUGCAAUGUUGGGUUACUCCAGCCAAAGACAUUUCAAGUGCCUGUAACUGAUUUGUACAUAUUUAUAAAAACCUACUUGGAAAUUGG